GUUCAUUAUAUAUAUUCAAUGAAUCUUAUGUCACUUAAAUUCUACACUUAUUGUUCAUUAUCUGAAUAAUCUUGAGCAGUUAUCCUGCAGGUUAAACAGUGAUAACAUAACAUAGCUGGAGCUAAAACGGUCAUUAAUUUAAACGUGAAAGCCAACCCCUAAAAUCUGUGUCAAUUUGCUAUAAAAAAGGAAUAAAAUUUGAAUUAAAAGCUGUAACCUGUGUAGAAUUUAAGGAAUAGUUUGACUUGUUUGAUGGAACACCCAGCAGUAGCAAUGGAGCAUCUGAAGAGAAGACGUCCAAAUUUCAGUGAUGAAGAAGUAAUGGCUCUAAUAACUGCAGUUUCCAAAAGAAAAAAUAUACUCCUAGGAAAGUUUGACAAAACUAUAACUGCAAAAGCAAAGCUGUUGCAGUGGCAAGCUGUCAUUGAUAGUGUAAAUUGUGUCUCAACGGUGAAGAGAGAUGUGGCGGAAGUGCGCAAAAAAUUUUAUGAUUUGAGAACACAAGUAAAGAAGAAGGCGACAACUGAAAACCAAUACAGUGGAUUGACUGGUGGAGGGCCCCCUGUGAAGGUUAAAUAUUCCCAUGUUGAAAAGGCCAUGCUACCUCUUCUGUCACGAACUGCCAUGUUUGGAUCAGAACUUCCUGAAAAUGAAGCUGAUGUUUCAGUUGGAGAAGAACACCCCAGAGAUGACAAUGAACUAUGCCUUGAAAUUAUGAAUUUGGAAGGAAAUUUCCAAGUGUUACCUGGGGCUGUGGCACUGGCCGAAGUUAUUCACAGCCCUGAUGCAGGUCCCUCAAGCAACAAUGUCGCAGCUAAUCCUAAGGUCAAGUCUUGUGAUUCAUUUUCACUUGAGACGGAGGUCACACCUACAGUGCCUCAAGCUUGGAACCAGAAAAAGCUACGGACAUUAUACCCUAAGGAACCAGUGACUUCCACCCCUACCAAGCCUGUUAUUACCACGGAGUCAUUUUCAGCUCGUGGAAGGAAGCGGCGCAGCAUUGACAGCAAUGAUCAUACCAUGGCUCAUGAUAUGUUGAGUGUGCAGAGGGAAAUACUAAAUAACACGGGAAGCAUGGCAGCUUCACUCACAGUUAUAGCAGCAGCCGUGGAGAAGAUCGCCAAUGCUUUUGUCAGUGCCAGACGUGAGGAUCGCCAGAAAAACAUGCGAGAGCACUCAAAAACUCCAUCAGAGAUAGAGGAGGUACCCACAUUGCAGAAGAAUGCUCCUGCAGUCAAGGCAGGCGCUGGUCACAAGCAUCAUACAGCUGGGGACGGCAGGCAGAAGCAGCAUUCCAUGCCAAGUUAUAUUUCAGAAGCUGUGAAGAUUGAGCCUCGUGAUGAGCAGCAAUCAAACUGUGACUCGGAACUCUCAGCUGUCUUCAUUGAAGUGGAGAAAGAGGAACCUUUCUUCUUGGAAGAAGUGAACAGUGCUACAGUUGCCGAUGCCAGAGCCUUCCAAAUUACAGCCCUGGGCUUGGAUCCUCUCAGCACAGAGCCUGUCGAGGCUGGGGCAUCUCCCUCCGUCCCCCAGGCUCCUCCAGGCAACCAAGAACUCCCAGCAACAGCAGACGUCUUCACGCCAUGUCUAGCAGCCCCCCAGACUGCCUGCUCGGCCUCUACUUCUCUGGAGGUGCACAAUUGUGGUGCUUCAGCGGAGGAGAAAGCGACUAAGAAAAGAAAAUUCGAUGAUGUUGAACUAGAAGAUGGAGUUACGCCAAAUGAUGACCAAACGAUCAACUAUUCUAAAAAUAGUAUUGAGAAAAUACUUUCUGUAUCUACCAACAAAAGUAUAGAAGUAUUUUUAAGUAAUUCAAAGAAAAAAGAGCAAGAUUCAACUCCUAUUUCUGCCACAGAUGAGCUAAUUGAGCGAAUAAGGUUAUACCUAGCAGAACAAAAGGAAGAGCCUCAACAUUAUUUGGCUGUUGGCUGUAAUAGUUCAUCAUUGGUUGAUACUACAUACUUAGCAAAUUUACGCUAUAGUAACAAGUAUCAAUCUUGGAAAUUGGACAUCAUACCUCUAGUAAACUAUGAUCAGGUAUAUAAUAAAGAAAUGUUACAUCUAAUGGAUCAAUUACAAGAUGUUAACAUAAAUAUCAGGGAUGCUCUAAGAUAUUACGAUACGAGUAUAAAAAGUAUGCGUUUUGAGCAAGUCAUAGAGCAUGCAAAACUGAGGAUGAAGUAUUUUAAACUUAAUGAUAGUAAUUUUCAACAAUAUAAAUCGGAACAAAAUUCUCUUAAAAUAGCAAAUAAGCAGUACUGCAAUUUUGUGAAGCACAUUGAAAAUGUUUGAACAUUCCUCUAGUAAUAAUAAAAAUCUUGUGGCAUCCAAACACUGAGAAAUGCUAUGUUGAGAGGCAUGUCACCCAUUGAAAAUAAAUUAGCUUCCCAUGUAUUAAUUUUGCUGGAAGACAUUUCUUUUGAUUGUUCAUUGUAAAAAAAUUAAAUACUUUGAUUCAUCCACAGCGAAAUAGAAUUCAAUUUGUAGGGAUUUAAAGGCGCCGAGUUUCCUACGAGAAGAGAGUUCGUUAAGCUUACCAUGAUUGUUAGUGAUAAAUCUUACCUCGUUUGUUUAUAUUUGUUAAGAAAAACGACAGGAAAUAAGCUGUGGGGUUUCACUAGCCUAAGUUAAGUGCAUUAAGUUAAGUUACUUAAUGCAGCGCUCAGCGGAUAACCAGUUAAUGUCAGGUUAUUGGUCAUUUAUCUGCUAUUGAUAACACUCCAAAUUAUUUGUUUAGAAAGAAUGUAUUAAAUUAGUUUGGAUUGUAUUUUCCUUCAGGUGUUCCUGUAUGUUUUUGUUCACUGUGUUGAGGGCACAAAUAACUGGCUGUACCCUCUGUGUUAGUAAGCUGCUUCGAUCCUUCUGAGGCUUGACUGCUCGAUCCAUAGUCAGUUAUUUUUUAUUAUGUAUAAUUAAUUCACUGCAA